CCACCGUAACAUUAGGACGCAACGCCCAAAAUAUCUCUCCAGUGACCCCAACACCAGCUGAAGUCACCCAACACGAGUCACACGCCGAGCAUUACCACCGGAGACCAUGGACAAAGUGGUAGAGAUUGAACGCAUUGAUCUGGUGUGUGAGGUGAACAACACGGAUCACCACACGCUGCAGAACGGUGUGGACAGUCUGAUCGUGAGGAGAGGACAGCCGUUCACCAUCACACUACACCUGCAACCGGGAACUCACUUUCAAAAUGGGGACAAUAUCAACUUCAUCGCCCAAACAGGUCCCAUCCCUUCGGUGGAGGCACAAACCAAAGCCAAAUUCAGCCUCAGCAGAUUCAUCUCCAGAUCGAGCUGGAGUGCCACAGCAGAGACGUCUGACAGCACUGUAUCUCUGACCGUGUGCUCGCACCCAAAUGCUCCUAUUGGAGUCUAUAAGCUGAUCCUGGAUCAGGGAGAAGGAGUCGGUCUGGGAGAGUUUGUCCUGCUCUUUAACCCCUGGUGCAAACAGGACUCAGUGUAUCUGGCGAGUGAAGCUGAGAGGGAGGAAUACGUCCUCUCUCAGGACGGGCUGAUCUACCGCGGGAUACCCAAACGUAUCACAGUCUUACCAUGGACUUUUGGACAGUUCGAGCCUGGCAUACUGGACAUCUGUCUGCAGAUUUUAGAUGAAAGUCCAAACUAUAUAAGUGACGCAGCGCUGGACUGUUCUGAAAGGAGGAACCCCGUUUAUGUGACUCGAGUCCUCAGUGCCAUGAUCAACAGUCUAGGUGAUAAAGGAGUUCUGGUGGGUAACUGGUCAGAUGACCAUGAGGACGGCGUGAAGCCCACCGUAUGGAAGGACAGCUGCUCCAUCCUCCAGCAGUGGAGUAAUGACGGCUGCAGGGCGGUGCGUUACGGGCAGUGCUGGGUGUUCGCAGCUGUUGCCUGCACAGUGUCCAGAGCUCUGGGAAUCCCGUGCAGAGUCGUCACUAACUAUGGAUCAGCACGUGACAGCAAUGGAGACCUAGUAAUGGAGCGUUUCUACAACGAAUUUGAUGAGAACAUUGCUAACGACUCUAUAUGGAACUUCCAUGUUUGGGUGGAGAACUGGAUGACACGCCCAGACCUGGCGCUAGGGUACGAGGGUUGGCAAGCGAGCGACCCAACACCUCAACAUAGGAGUGAAGGCGUCUUCUGUUGCGGCCCAGCCCCCGUGAGAGCCAUUAAAGAGGGCGAGCUCACUUUCAAAUAUGACAUCCCGUUUGUGUACGCCGAGGUGAACGCUGAUGUGGUGGAGUACAUCAAACUGAGAGAUGGAAGGGUGUUUAAGAUGGGCGGAUCCACUACGGAGGUUGGGAAAUCCAUCAGCACCAAAGCAGUGGGUCGAGAUGAGAGAGAGGACAUUACACACAACUACAAGUAUCCAGAGGGUUCUGAAGAAGAGAGAAGGGUUUAUGAAAAGGCAAAUCAUCACAACAAACUAGCACAGGCUGGAGAGGAGCCUGGUUUUCACAUCAAAAUUAAAGUGACCCCGGACAUGCAGAUCGGCUCUGAUUUUGACGUCUACGCAGAGCUCAAAAACAACACCAUGGUUACGAAGUCCUGUCGGGUUAUGUUCUACGCCCAAGCAGUGUCUUACAAUGGCAAACUUGGAGAAACCUGUGGAUUGGGCGAGUUUACAGAGAUGAAUUUGGCUCCGACUGAAGGGAGUAAAGUAACUCUUCGAUUGGAGUAUGCAGAGUACAGCAAAGCCAUAAAUCAAGAUAGGAUGAUCAAACUGGUGGCUUUACUCAUCGAUGCAGAGACAAGGGAUUUCUACAGAGCAAAGAAGACCAUCAUACUGGAUGGCCCUGAAAUAAUCGUCAAUAUCCUGGGUGUGCCAAAAGUGGGCCAGAACCUGGUGGCAGAUUUAGCACUGCAGAAUCCACUUCCGGAGCCCUUGGAGAACUGUGUGUUCACUAUACAUGGUGCCAACCUGACCGACGGCAAACCCAUCACUCAUGAGGUUGGAACAGUUGGCCCUAAAGAGUUUGUCACCGCCAAAGUGCAGUUCACACCAAAGCUGCCAGGACAAAGAAAGAUACUGAUAGAUUUUGCCAGCGAUAAACUUCACAAUGUUGAGACCUAUGAGAAUCUUGUCAUAUAUGAAUAA